UAAAAACGUUCCACGGUUGAGAUGGUCAUAGACUGCUUGGAUCGGUUCGGUUUGCCCAUUGAAAAAACCUGUUUUCAGUUUAGUGAGUCGCAAUUUAGCUUCGCGCUCGUUGUGAAUCGUAGUUGAGUACUAGCUCUGCUGGGGUCAGAUGUGUGUUUUGAUUCUUCAGUACACCAGCCAGCUGGACAAAACUGACGCGAGUAUGUUUUUUUUGUGGACGGAGGUCAGGGAAAAAUUGAACGUCAACUGCAAACAAGCGAACAGCAACAUCUGUCAAAGCCUAGUUAUCUAGAAUCUUAGAAAAGUGACGUGUUGUGAAAGGAAAAUUGAAAUUUAGACAUUUUUGGUGAGAAAAAAAAGGUGUGCUACUUGAGAAGUGGGGCUAGGAUGUACUAGCUCACUUCUUUUUCCGGGAGACAGUGUUCGUGUGUGUGUGGGUAAUUUGUACCACUUGCGAGCACGCUUGUUUACUAGUUGAAAGUUUAUGUUGCUUGUUGAAGCAUCAGGUCUUUUUGUUUUUUUUUGCUUCGUUCUGUUGGAGCAUGUGGUGAGUGCUGCUCGUGCGCGUCCUCGACCCCUUCGGGCUUUGGGUGGUAAAGCAAGAACAAAAAAAUAAAAUAUAUCGCGUGUCCACCGCAAAGAACAUCAUCAUCAUCAUCAACAGCAACAGCAGCAACAACAAAACGCAACUGCAGUAGAGUGGAACUACGCCAGAAUCACACACCCCAAUCCCAGUACGGUGACAGACAUGAGCACGGACGGGCGACCACCUGCGAACGUCGUCGUCAUUCCGUUGAUAGCCAGUACUGCAAGUAAAAAUAUAAACAACAGUGACAGUGGUGGUGGUGGUGAAGGAGGAGGAAUAAGUUGUGAAUUUGAAUACGGGCGAGUGCCCAAGUCAUUAGAGCGUGAGAUGUUUUUUGGCUACCGUCGUCUGGUUCCCGUUCAUCGGCGUUGCCCACCGAUUCAGUCUGCUAGCUGAGCUUGGAACGGUUGAAGGGAACUACGCUGCCUGUGGCCAAUAAGUAGUGACCAUGAUGGCGGCCAACGAAUCCGUACCGAACGGUAAUCCGGCAACUGAAUGUGAUAACAUUAGUACUAAUAGUGUUGAGCAGGUGGCAUUGUUUAAAACCAGACUAGUGUCAUUUCUGGGAGAUUUUUACUCCCCCGACCAACCUUGGGACAUAGUGCUGUACGAAGGUUACGGUCGGGGACUGGUUGCAACCCGUGACAUUGCCGUCAAUGAAUUGAUAUUCCUGGAUCGACCGAUUCUGAUCGGUCCCCGCGUCAACAAUUACGAUGUGAUAUUUUGUGCCAGCUGUUGUAGGAUACAGAAACGGCUAACGCUGUGUAGUGGCGGUUGUCGGCUGCCAGUUUGUCCCGACUGUGACGUGGGUGCUGGCCAAGAAACACCGCACAGUGCGGAAUGCAAAGUGAUCAAUUCUUGGCAGCCGAAAAAUCCGGAGCGCUACUCCAAAACCAUCCUGUACGCACUGACCGCCAUCCGGGCGCUGCUGCUAAGCGAUCGCGAUCGUUCGAUCGUGCUUGGCAUGGAAGGUCACCCGCCCCGAAUAGACAUGAUCACCGAGGUCGAUCGGCUGGUGGCGGACGAUAUUUUCACGGACCUUCCGGAGCAUGAUCCGAUGCUGAGCUACCUUCGCCAGGUGCUUAACGUGCUGAACACGAAUGCCUUCGAAACGUGCCAGAUCGUGCAGGAUUCGGAAAAUAACGAUCACGAAAUCAUCCUACGCGGUCUGUACAUCCUGGGAGCACUGAUGAACCACUGCUGUCUGCCGAACACGCGGUACGUUUUCGACGAGCAGCUGGUGAUGCGUUGCUAUGCUUCCAAACCGAUCCGCCGGGGGGAGCAGAUCUUCAACAACUAUUCCAAGAUUCUUUGGGGCACCCAGCACCGCAUCAUCCAACUGUGCUUCUCGAAGAACUUUCUGUGUAGCUGCGAACGCUGCCGGGAUCCGACGGAACUUGGCACCUAUCUGGGAGCGUUGAAAUGUGUUCGCGAACGAUGUUCGGCGGGCCGGAUGCUUUCGUUGAACCCGCUCAAGAUUGCCUCCGUUUGGCAGUGUGACACCUGCGGGUUCAAGAUGGACAACGGACGGAUCAGCAAAAUUCAGGAGAUUGCCUGCCAGAUAACACUGAACAAUGCGGCCAAGCAGGAUGCCGGUUACAUCGUUCGGUACCUGAACGAACAGGUGCCGCAAUUUCUGACUCCGUGUAAUCAAUUUACGGUGGAAUUGAAACUGCAGGCUAUCCGGAAAAUCCAGCAGGAUGCUUCGAUGGAACUGCUGCUCGAGAAGGAAAAAUAUUGCGGCGAAAUUCAGGCCAUUCUGGCCAAGCUGAACUAUGGCGAGUGUUUCGUGAAGGGAUUGCUCUGCUACGAGCAGUUCAAGGUGCGAGCUGCUUUGGCUAGUAGGCGCGAGGAACUUGAGUCAUUCCCGGAUGGUGACAGUCUGGCUGACCUUCGCACAGCUUGGGUCAUUCUCGGUUUCAGUGGCAAACGACCCCGUGACUUGGAUCAACUGGCUCAAUGCUACGGUUGUAAAACCUGACAACUACCGUUGUUACUAACACAAACCGUUAAAUCACUCCGCCGACGGUUGUGGUUGUUCCGUCGUAAACAGCUAAGGGCUGUUUAAGCGGCGGUAAAAUGUAAUUAAAAACUAAACCUCAUUCUACGGACUGUACGCAAAAGGUCUACUAGAAAAUAUCACAUCUGUAUUUAGGACAUUUACACUAAGAUGGCACCUCGCGUGGUGAGACAGCGGUUGUGUUGACUUUUUUUCACUGCUAAUAUACUCUUUUCUAAAAAGAAACACGUUUGUCACAUCGAGCUGUAGCCGAAUCAUGCAACGACAUACUAGCGUAAAUGUCAAGCAUAACAAAAAUAAGACAUACAAACAAACUAACAAAAAAAAAUGAAACAAGUGCACUCGCAUUAACGCACAAAGACUGGCAUCUUUAGCGCACCUCUUGUUAUUGUUAUACAUUUUGCACCCGUUCCCCCUUUUCCCAUUUAUUCCGGUCGUCCGCUUCCUUUAGCCAAGACAGGUGUUAAUGCAAGACAUGCUCCCGGCGCUCGUGAUUCCACACACAUGAGCGCCGUUCUAAUCUUGCAUCAUAAACUUCUACCUAGAGUGAUGAGAUAUUUUUAACUCCCAAAAUACAAUAAUGAAAUUCUCUAUUUACCAUCGUCCUCCUCCUAGUCAAAUUUCCAAAUAUAUCAGUAGUGCAACUAGCAAGAAAAAAAAACAAAGAAAGACAGCAGAAAAGUGAACCGCGAAAGCAAAUUUUCCUCACAGUUUCAGAUGAAAAAUAAAAAUAGCUAAUAAUUUUUUCCUCUUCCGUAAACAGAAACAAUCAAUAUAUAUACCUACUGACUAAUAAAUACGAAUCGGUGGAUAGCCAUAAUAAAAAAGAAAAAGAAAAGACAAGCCAUACACUGC